AACACAAAGUAGACAGACAAGCAACCGCAUAUCACCACCGUUCUUUGAUUCCUGGCGAUUAAUCUUUACAUCCCUUCCAAGCUACUUCCCAAACAAACCCUACAUAUACACGCCCAUUUGAACUACAUCGAAUUAAACAAAAGAUUUGUGGGGAAGAGGAUCAAUCGAGUUUGGUGUGAUGGGUAGCGGAGAUCUGGAGAGCAGAGGAAGCUCCAAGAACAGAGGUCCACCGCCACCACCACCGGCGUCCAAUUAUUACACAUCAUCUUCUCCAUACUACACUGAAUCAUUGGAGAAACAAUGGACUUCUUGGCUUGUUCCUAUGAUUGUUGUUGCGAAUGUGGCUAUGUUUGUUGUUAUCAUGAUUGUUAACGAUUGUCCUAAGAACCACAAUUCGAGUCUCGAGGGGAAUUGUGUUGCUAGGUUUUUGGGUAGACUCUCUUUUCAGCCUCUUAAAGAGAAUCCCCUUUUUGGGCCUUCUUCUUCUACAUUGGAAAAGUUGGGAGCUCUCGAGUGGAAAAAGGUAGUGAAUGAUAAUCAAGCGUGGAGGCUAGUGUCAUGCAUAUGGUUGCAUGCAGGGGUUAUUCAUCUACUUGCAAACAUGUUGAGCUUGGUUUUCAUUGGGAUUCGCCUUGAACAACAGUUCGGCUUUGCACGGGUAGGGGUGAUCUACAUGUUGUCUGGAAUUGGUGGAAGCAUACUCUCUACGCUGUUCAUUAAGAACAACAUCUCCGUUGGUGCUUCUGGUGCUCUGUUUGGACUUCUUGGAGCAAUGUUAUCGGAACUUCUUACCAACUGGACUAUUUAUGCCAACAAGGCUGCAGCUUUGACCACACUUGUAAUCAUCAUCUUGAUCAAUUUAGCUGUCGGAAUUCUUCCUCAUGUCGACAAUUUUGCGCAUAUUGGAGGUUUCUUAACGGGUUUCCUCCUUGGCUUCAUACUGCUUGUCCGACCCCAAUUUGCUUGGCAAGAACGUCGCCAUCUUCCUGUGGAGGCGCGUGGGAAAUCCAAGUACACAGUAUACCAAUACGUUUUCUGGAUUCUUUCCAUGAUCUUAUUGAUUGCCGGCUUUGCGGUGGGAUUGAUAAUGCUUUUGAAAGGAGAGAACGGCAACGAUCAUUGCAGCUGGUGUCAUUACUUGAGCUGCGUGCCUACAUCGAGAUGGCAUUGUAAUAACCGAUGAAUCGUGUUCCCGGUUUUGAUUUUUUUAUUCUUAUACUUCUAUCAACACACUUUAUAUGUCUACAAAUCUUUCAUUGCUGCUUGUUUUUUGGUCGUGUAAAUCCAUGUUCUUAAUGUGUGUAUCUAACAUGUACCAACCUCAAAAAUUCUUUUUAGUAUUUUUGCAUUUUAGCUAUGAGGAAUACAUAUACAAAAAAAAAA